UCAGUUGUGGCGAGCGCGCCCUGCGGUAGUGAAGUGGUACACCGGAGAGCAUGCUUUCUCUCAUUUUCGCGGCUUGCAUAGCCGUGGCAAUCGCCCGGCCCUCAUACAUAGCGGUGCCCGCUGACCAGAUAGCCUUCUUGGAUCUAACAGCGUUGAGAGCUCGACGAGUUCCGAGGCAAACCCUGGCUCCGCCACCACCGCAAUUGCCAGAAGCUUUGUACGAGGAUAACUAUCAACCAAUACCUUUACAGAACUACCAGCAAGGAACUGUAGCGCUCGCCCCUCCUCCUGCGCCAGAAGCCCCUGCAAGAGUACAGGCGCAAGAUGGGGCUUCUAGUGAAACCAAUAUAGGCGCAGUCUCCCAAUACGCCGAAAGACCACCAGACUUCGGGGAGUAUGUUGACUUCGGUGCUCACACCGGGGACAACGGUGCUUUCGGCUGGUAUGCCGAUUAUCCCGUUAAUAACAAAGAUACCUCGGGAUAUAGGAAAUAGGGUAUAAAAUAAUAGUAAAUUGAAUGUACUCAUCGCAAUAUCUGUUGAGCGAAUUGGGUACAAAACUUCAAUAUUUUAUAGUUUAAUAUCUUUUUGAAAACAAUUAAGACUAGUAGGAUAAUUGUUGUAGAAGAAAAAAUAAUUCUUGCCAAUAAUUUUGGAUAUGGCAUCGAAAUUCGAAUUACCAAAGACAGUAUUUUCAAGUGAUAUAAUUAUUUUAAUUGUAAGCCGAAUUACCGCACAUUUGUUUCAAACGGUGAAUUCCGCUAUGCACUUUUCCAAUAAUGUUCCUCUACAUUAGAUUUAGGUUGACAAAGUACACUGUGAUAUACCACCAGGGUAGUUCAAAAUAUAAAACCUUUUUUUUUCUCUAAAUCUUACUGCUUUUUCCUUUGCAUAUUCACUGCUUAUUUCACUCUAUUUAUAUAAAUCUUUGUAUCUAUAUCUUCUUAUAAAUAUCUAUCUAUACCUUUUCUUCUAUCCUUUUUCCGCUACUACACGCUUUAUACUAUGCUCUUGCUUUUAUAUUCUC